CCUCCUACCAUUGUUGGAGAGGUUUUCCUCUCCAAGCAGAGCUUUUAGAAACAGGGAAAGGAGAAGCAAUCCUACAGAGAACCAAUGGGGAGGUUCUCAAGGCUUUCCCUUUUCCUUCUUCCUGUUUUGGUUUUCUCUAUGUUGCAGAGACCCACAUUCGCUAUCAAAAAGUCUUUUGUGGUAUACUUGGGAUCACAUUCACAUGGUCCGAAAGCCGCACAAGCUGAUUUUGAUCUAGCCGCAGAAUCUCAUUACGAGUUUCUGGCUGAUUACGUUGGAGGCACCAAGCAGGCCAAAGAAUCAAUUUUAUACUGCUACACAAAGCAUAUCAAUGGUUUUUCAGCGACCCUUGAAGAAGAGAAAGCAGCUGAGAUCGCAAAGCAUCCCAAGGUCAUAUCAGUUUUCCCAAACAAAGGAGUGAAGUUACAUACAACCCGGUCAUGGGAUUUUCUUGGACUGAGGAAAAUUAAUGGUGCACCUCAACCUGGGUCGCUUUGGGAGAAGGCCAAAUUUGGGGAAGAUAUAAUUAUUGGGAACCUUGAUGGUGGUGUUUGGCCGGAAUCAAAGAGUUUUAACGACGAAGGGUAUGGACCCAUUCCAUCAAGGUGGAAAGGAGGUUGUACGGACAAAAGUCCUGACGGAAUUCGUUGCAACAGGAAGCUGAUUGGUGCGAAGGCCUUCAACCUAGGGUACCUUGCGUACGCUGGCCCUGCCAAAACUUUCAACACCACACGCGAUGACGACGGUCAUGGAUCCCACACAUUAUCGACUGCGGGUGGAAACUUCGUCCAGAAUGCCAAUGUCUAUGGAUACGGCAAUGGCACGGCCAAGGGAGGAGCGCCAAGGGCGCGUGUAGCCUCCUACAAGGUGUGUGGAAAGCAAAUAGAUGAUAACGAGUGCUUUGACUCGGACAUCCUCGCUGGUUAUGAUGCUGCCAUUCACGAUGGUGUUGACGUUCUUUCCGUAUCCCUGGGAGACAAACCCACCAACUACUUCAAUGAUAGCAUGGCAAUCGGUUCUUUCCAUGCUGUCAAGAAUGGUAUCCUUGUGGUAGCCUCGGCCGGAAACGAUGGUCCAAAUUCUGGCACUGUCACCAACGUGGCCCCUUGGAUGUUCACGGUGGCUGCCAGCACCACUGACCGAGAGUUUUUGACCGACGUGAAGCUUAGCAACAACCAGCUGUUGAAAGGGUUGGCCGCCUCCAUGGUUCCCAUGCCCUCGGCCGGAAAGAGGUUUCCUCUAGUGAGAGGUGUUGCCGCAAGAGCGAAGAAUGCUACAGAAAGAGACGGCAAGUAUUGCAAUCCUGGGUCACUGGACCCGAAGCUUGUAAAGGGGAAGAUAUUGGUGUGCGAGAUGGGUGGUGAGUUCUCGAGUUCGACUGCACAGGAGGCAGGAGCUGUGGGUGUGAUAGUGGUUAACGUGGUUGUCGUGGACGAAAUGUCUCCAACGCUCCCAACGUCGCAAUUGUCAGCGAAAGAGAGUCUUGCGUUGUACAAGUACAUGAACUCGACAAAAGCACCCACGGCUAACAUCUUACCUAGGACAGAGUUGGGUGCAAAACAAGCACCCUUGAUGGCCUAUUUCUCCUCCGUGGGACCUAAUACUGUGACUCCAGGGAUUCUAAAGCCCGAUGUCACUGCACCAGGGGUGGACAUCAUUGCCAGUGUUGUUGGAACAAAGACGAAGCCAAAUGGUGUCUUUUCCACUAUGUCAGGGACGUCCAUGUCCUGCCCUCAUGUCUCUGGUGUUAGUGCCCUCCUCAAGAAACUCUACCCCCAUUGGAGCCCUGCCGCCAUCAGAUCAGCCAUUAUGACCACUGCAAGUACAAGGGAUAAUACAAGGAAGCCGAUGAAGAAUUCGAAUAACACGAGAGGAAACCCAUUCAACUAUGGAGCUGGACAAGUUCGACCCAAUAGUGCCAUGGAUCCUGGGUUGGUCUAUGACCUAACUACCAUCGACUACAAGAACUUCCUAUGUGCCAUUGGCUACAACCAAAUUUUAAUAAGCCUUUUUUCUGAAUCAAAACUGCCUUACACAUGUCCCAAUCCCGCCAUCAAUCUCUUGGACUUCAACUAUCCUUCCAUCGCAGUACCCAGUCUCUCCAGCUUUGCCACUGUGACGAGGAAACUAAAGAAUGUUGGGUCUCCAGGUACAUACAAGGCCCAGAUUCGACCUCCCUUGGGAAUUUCUGUUACGGUGGAACCUGCAAUCCUGACAUUCGAUAAGGUUGGACAAGAGAAGACUUUCAAACUAACCCUCAAGACUAACCGACCUGGUUAUGCUAAAGACUUCGUUUUUGGCGAGCUUAAAUGGUCUGAUGGUCAUCAUCAAGUCAAGAGUAUGAUUGCGGUUAAGGCAGCUGCAACGUAGAGUUUCCUAUUUUCUUUUCUUUGCUUGGAUGGGAUGAGAUGAGAAGAAAUGAGAUGAUAUGAGAGACAUGAAAUGACCUAUCUGUCCAGUAACACUCUAUUAGUCUCAAAGAGAGAAAGACAUUGCUUAUCAACUCCAAUCCCUCUAGUCUCAUUGUGAUAUUUAGUUCAUCAUUUGAUUGAAUAGAUUCCAUCUCAUCUUGGAAAUUUUA